AUGGAACUAGAUUCGGGGUCAGGGUGUUUUAAUAAGUUCAAGGUGAAGCUUCAAUUAAAGGAAGGCGUUAAACCUAAAUUUUAUAAGCCGAGACCAUUGCCAUUUGCGUUAAAAUCUCAGGUAGAAAAUGAAUUAUCGAGACUUACGCGGGAAGGCAUUCUAGUUCCCGUUAACUACUCCGAUUACGCAACGCCAAUUGUCCCGGUUUUAAAACAAAACGGCAGCGUACGAAUAUGCGGGGAUUAUUCUCUCACUGUUAAUAAUGAUAUUUAUAUAGACAAAUAUCCGUUACCUCGGAUAGAGGAUAUUUUUGCUAAAUUAAGUGGGGGUGAAUAUUAUUCGAAGUUAGACUGCAGUCAGGCCUAUAACCAGUUUGUUCUUUCGGACGAAGCCCAAAAGCUUACCACAAUAAAUACCACUAAAGGGUUAUUUAUGUACACGCGCCUCGUUUUUGGUCUCGCGAACGCGCCGGCGGUAUUCCAGCGAGCUAUCGAGAACUUGCUAGCGGGUAUCGAGGGUGUAGCCGUUUUUCUAGACGAUGUUUGUGUUACGGGGGCUACAAAAUCCGAACAUUUAGGCCGGCUAAAGUUAGUUUUCGAAAGGUUUCAAGACGCCGGCAUGCGACUACAAAAAAAUAAAUGUGCAUUUUUCCAAAAGAGCGUUAAUUAUUUGGGCCAUAUUAUCGAUAAAAAUGGAAUGCACAAGUGUCCUAAAAAGGUAGACGCUAUAGUAAACGCACCGCGGCCGACUAAUAUAAAGGAACUUAAAAGUUUUCUAGGGCUAGUAAAUUACUAUCGCAAUUUUGUAGAAAAUGCAUCAAGCAUAUUAUGUCCACUCCACGAAUUAUUGCGCGCGGGCGCGAGGUGGGAGUGGACGCCGCGACACGAAGCCGCUUUCGAACGGAUGAAGGGGGAGCUGGCGUCCGAGCGCGUCCUGGCGCACUUUGACCCCAGCGCGCGUCUCCUUCUCAGCGUAGAUGCUGGCCCAGCGGGUCUUGGUGCGGUCUUGUCCCAAAUAGGCGUCGAUGGCGUUGAGCGGCCGCUUGCCUAUGGUUCCCGCUCGCUGACGGACAGUGAGCGAAACUAUAGUCAGCUGCAUAAAGAAGCGACCGCGUUGGUGUUCGGAAUUAAAAAAUUCCACCAAUAUUUGUAUGGCCGCGCGGAACCGUUUAUCCUAAAAACCGAUCACAAACCUUUACUAGCGAUAUUCGGGAAAAAGAACGGUAUAUCGGUAAUGACGGCUUCCCGGUUAGUAAGAUACGCUAUAUUUUUAUCCGCGUAUAACUACGUUAUUCAAUACACUGCAGGUAAGGAAAAUACAGUUGCUGAUUAUUUUUCGCGCGCAUGCCCGUCAUCGGUAGAUAACGCGGCGGGGAACACACUUGUAAACCAGUGCAGUGUACUGACCGUUAACGCGUUGCAACUAUAUAAUUUAGCACCCUUAACCUAUAAAGACAUUCAGAAUGCUACGGCGGCGGAUAAAACGUUAGCUACGGUAACAAAAUAUAUUCAGCAAGGCUGGCCGCGCAAAAUACGCUGUUCUAAAAUUGAACCUUAUUUCCGUUGCAGGAAUGAUUUAGAAUUAGAAAAAGGUUGUAUAAUGAGAGGACAUCGUGUUAUAAUUCCAAAAAUGUUAAGAUACAAAUUAUUGCAAGAGCUACAUAAAUCACAUUUAGGCAUAGUUAAAACUAAAAGCAAUGCUCGAUCACGUAUGUGGUGGCCCGCUAUCGACCACGACAUCGAACAGCUGAUCGGCGCGUGCACCGUGUGCAGCGCGCUGCGCGCCGCGCCCGCUCGCGCGCCCCCCGCCAGCUGGAGCCAGCCACCGGGGCCAUGGCACCGCAUUCACAUUGACUACAUGCUUGUAGCUCAAAGAACGUAUUUGAUUGUGGUAGACGCUUUUAGCAAAUGGGUUGAAUGUAUAGGCAUGACUUGCGGUACUACUACGAAACAUUUAAUUAAAGAGUUAUCAUUAUUAUUUACGAGGUUUGGCCUGCCUGAUACGAUUGUGUCAGAUAAUGAUACUAAAAUUGCAUCCCAAGAAUUUAAUCAGUUUUGUAAAAUGAUGGGUGUCAAUUAUGUAACUUCACCUAUAUAUCACCCAAUUAGCAACGGUAUCGCCGAAUGUGCAGUACGAAAUUGUAAAAAAAUGAUUAAAUCAAUUAUAGAACAAGAAUCACAAUGUAUAAGUCAGUUAAAUUGUAAAUUACAGAGUUAUUUGUUCGAAUAUCGUACUACCGUGCAUUGUACAACGAAAGAAACUCCAGCAAAGCUAAUGUUUGGCCGUGAGUUGCGUUCGAGAUUAGACCUCAUAGUACCGCCGCAAGGCAAAACUGCUGACGCGAUGCAUUCCUCGCAGCCGGCCCAGCCCGGUAAACAAGCGCGUUCAUUUAACGUCAACGAAGACGUUUGGGUUAAAUGUUUUGAAAAUCGUAAACCAUAUUGGACAAGAGGUAAAAUAAUUAGCAAAAUCGGUUGUAGAAUGUACCUCGUUUACGUAAUAGACCAAAACAUAAAUUGUAGACGCCACGUUGACCAAAUAUUGCGAUAUACGAACAAUAACAAAAGCUAUAAUGGUCACACCUUCGAUUCAGCAGUAACAUCCUCUGGUACCUUGUCAGAUGCGAUUCCGGAUUCUAUCACCUCGCCUGCAGUCUCACAAGACCAAUCAACGGAUCUAAACAAUGAUGUAGUGAAUAAUCCAGCUACUAUUAGCUCGGACUUAGGGAAUGAACCCGUUCUUGAGGAGAGGUGGGAGGAUGCCGAAGCAGAGGGGGAGGACAUGGGGACUGAGCGACGGUUAGUACUUAAUGAUUCACCAGAAACUAGUAACGAAGAUCAGGUUAUCCCUUCGACCGAUAACUCGUCACCCGAUCCCCAACGUCGUCAUCAAUUACGACCUAGAUCUAAGGCAAUUAAUUAUAAGGUUUAAAAUAAGUUUGUUAUAUUAUAAUAGUGCUUAUUUCUUCAUCUCAGGUUCCCUUAAUUAAAACGGGAGGAGAUGACAUGUAUGCAUGUGACGUCCGCGCGCCUCUGUCCGCGCGUCCGCUGUAUCCUGGCCUGCGCGCCAGUAAUAAACGAGCUUCCAUCGUACGCACUUGUUUCAUUGCUAAGUACUUACAUAC